CAUAACUGCCACAGCCACAUGUGCAUCAACUACCCUGGAACUGUGUCUAGCUAGCACUAGCAGUAGACAGGUAGUCUAGUCUGUAUCCAUUGAACAUCUACAAGGGCUCACGUAGGCCCCUUGAGUAGCCUCUUUAGUGUUCAACUUGUUCAACUUGAACUUGGAGUUAGCCUUUUCUUUGCAAUGAAGUGAAAUUGUUCUGGAGAAAACUUUGGAUAAACAGCAUCAUGUGGAAGUUAAUGGUACUGCUGAGUAUAGGUUUAUGCCAGGUCAAAGGUGAAGUAUUUACUGCCCUUGUCGACCUGGAGAAUGUCAUCUACACUGAGGGAAACCUGUUAGGUGCACUAGAUGAGUACAUUCAACAGGAGGAGGAGAGACUAGAGAAAAUCAAAAGCAAAGCUGAGGUCCUGAGGCACAUGAACCGGGAAGCAGUGUCCGACACGGAACAUUACCUGGGUCAUCCUGUGAAUGCUUUCCUCCUGGUCAAACGGUUCCUUUGGGAAUGGGUGGACCUGGAGAACUGGAUCAAGUAUGAUGGACCAAAGACAGCCUAUCUGAGGAAUAGUACCCAGUUCAAGGAGCACACCCCAGGACAGGAUGACUUGAAGGGUGCUACAGCGGCUCUUCUCCGUCUUCAAGAUACCUACAAGCUUCAAACCAAAAAACUCGCUAGUGGAGAGAUUGAAGGCACUAAAACUACAGUCUCCCUCACAGCCCUUGAAUGUUUUGAGCUUGGCAGGGUAGCUUACAACCAAGACGACCAGUACCACGCCCGUCUAUGGAUCACAGAAGCCUACAGACGUUACCAGAAUGAAUCAAAGACGGGCAAGGUUCCUGAUCUUGAUGAACCUCUCCUCCUGGACUAUCUGGCAUUCUCUUCAUUUAAGCAAGGUUUCCUGGAUGAUGCUAUCACGUACACCGACAGACUUCUUUCACUUGACCCCAAACAUGAGAGAGCUAAGAACAACAAGAUCUUCUUCAUGAGUGAACUCGAAGAAAAAGAGAUUAAGGAGAAACCGAGAGGAGAAGAUGCGGAAAUUGAUGAUAAGACAGGAGAGAUAGUCAAAACACAAGAGGAGCUUGAGAAAGAGAAGGCAGAGCAAGCGUACUCCUAUCCAGAGAGGAAGCAGUAUGAGGCGUUAUGCCGUGGGGAUCCAGGUGCUCUCAAAGUUGUUGAUCACAGGUUACUGAAAUGUCAAUACCAGCAUUACAACCAUCCCUUCCUCUACCUCCAGCCAGCCAAGGAAGAGGUCAUCUUUGACGACCCCAGGCUCGUCUUCUAUCGGAACAUCCUCAAUGACAAGGAGAUUGCGUUCGUGAAGCGGCUUGCAUCACCCAGGCUUCAGAGGGCUACGAUUCAGAACGCAAUCACAGGUAACCUUGAGUUUGCCGACUAUCGCAUCAGCAAGAGCGCUUGGGUGAAACAGGAAGAAGACCAGUUGAUUCGUUCUAUCAGGUUUCGGGUCCAGGCCUAUACGGGUCUGGAGCUUGACACGGCAGAAGAUCUACAGGUUGUCAACUAUGGCAUCGGAGGACAUUAUGAACCUCAUUUCGACUUUGCGAGGGUAGCCGAUGCUUACGAGGGAGGUAUAGGUAACAGGAUAGCCACAAUGUUAUUCUAUGCUGAGGAGACCAAUGCAUUUCAGUCGUUAGGAACUGGGAAUAGAAUCGCUACCGCUCUCUUCUAUAUGAGUGAUGUGGAAGCUGGUGGAGCCACAGUUUUCACAAAAGUUGGAGCAAGAGUUCUCCCUACAAAGGGUACAGCAGUGUUUUGGUACAACCUGCGUAAGAGCGGACAGGGUAACUAUGAUACAAGACAUGCAGCAUGCCCAGUACUGUCUGGCUCAAAGUGGGUUGCGAACAUCUGGAUUCAUGAAUUGGGACAGGAAUUCAAACGAAAGUGUGGAUUAAGUGCCAGUGAAUAGUAGAAGGAGAGAAUGGGGAACAUGUUUCGCUGCCAUGGAGAUAGAUACUAGCCAAAAUGCUUGCUUUCAUUUUUUUUUCUAACUUUAGUUUUCUCAUCCUCAUUAUUGAUAAGUCAAGGUCAUAUCUGCCAAUAUUCAUAUGCUUUUAUAGAAAUUUGACAGUGCCCUAAGCUUACGAGGCUUGGGUGUAUUUUUUGUGAAAAAUGUUAAAACUAUGCACUUUAUCAUACAUCCUUCCCUGAAACAGAAGUAGUAUUUUUUGUAUUUUGUCUAGUCAUGUAAUUUAUAUAUGUUUCUUUUUCAAACAUAGUAUUAAACAGAGCUUUGAAAUAAUUGGGUAAAAAAUGUAAGAACUGACAUUUUUUUCAAUGAUUAUGAGUUUGCAUUGCAAAAUUUUUACAAAAACUGAAUCAUGAACAAAAAUUACAUGAUAUACAUACGUUCAAAUAUUUUCUUCCGGUUAACCAGUGAUAUAUUUACUUAACCCUAUCACAAGUCUGUGACUCUUGGUCUUGUUACUGUUUUCUUAUACCCUUCUGCCUCUAAACAGAUGAUUUGAUUUGCUAUCUUACCUGUUAAUUGGACACAUGACUAGAUGUUUUGAAUCUGUAGAAUUAAUAGUAGAUGUUACAUUUAAUUUCACCUGUUUGAAAUGCCCACCCCUACACAAACAUUGUUAUGUGUGUGUAUCAUGUACCAGAUUCAUGAACAUCGAUCUCAUCAGAGAUGCACUUUCAAAAAUUGAAAAGUAUGGAAAGUGGUCCUCCACUAUCUUUUGUUAUGUUAUUUUAAUUGUGAACUGCUAUGCAAGGAAAAUGUCUUCCAGUUUCAACCACUAUGAUAAUGCUACAAAAAUAUUGUUAAACUUGGGAGGGCAUUUGAUAAUAUUGUGUCUAGCUUCCCUAAAUAUAAGGUUGGGGAUGGUCCGCUUAUUAUCUGAAGAUUGGUGCCUACGAGUUUCUUUUGUAAACUGUAGUGGUGGUCUAGAGAGGCAAUGGAUUAUGGUUAAUUUUGUAGUUGCUAUUUACUAAAUGGCAUUAAAGAGAAGAUUGAGUUCUGGGAAGAGAAUAAUUUGUGAGCGUUAUCAUUGUUAUUAUGCAAGUGUGGAAGAACAUCAGAUUAAAAAUGUUCCCUGAAAAGCAUGGUUCUUCAGAUGCCUUAAUAUUUUAAAUAUGGAAUGUAACAGCCCACAAAGCGGGACAGAUUUUUACACCACAUGUCUGUGUAGUCCCAUAUACAUCUUUCUGUGAACAGUGCUUGUAACUUUACCAAGACUGGGCCAAAUUUCUCAUCAUAUUGAUGAUUCCAGAAGCUUGCAGUACACACCAAUACUUAUAUGCUAGAUGAUCAACCUUUUCUGAUCGAUUCCACACUGUUUCUUUCACAAUGCAAUUGCACGACCAGAACUCAACUUUAUCUUUAAAACUAAAAAAAUACUUCAUAAGCUGUUUAUUUUUCUAAAUUUUGCUUCACCAUCUGAUGCAAAAUUAUUAUCAAUGUUACUAGAUUUUAGUACAUACCUCAAAUGUUCAUCGCUACUUUUAUACAUGUAUUUGUGGAACGUUUUAUAUGGGGUGUCUGGUGUUGAAUGGUGAAAUUGCAUUUAGCCAGCCAUGUUCGUUUAAACUGUUUAGUUUACAAGUUUUAGAAUUCCCCUGAAUGGGGCUCUCCCCCCCCCCCUUUUUUUGUUUGUUUACAGCUGAUGAUAAUUUUGUGAAUACCUUCCAGAAUAUGAUUAUGUUGGUUUGAUUGGGAAUAUAGAAAUGAGCCACCGUAUUUCAGAUGAUUAUCUCAUUGCCAGAGUAACAUGUACACAUGUACCUGAUUGCUUGCUGGAAGCAAAUAGCAAUGUAAAUAUGCAACAUGAAUGUGAAGGUGUGAAUUCUAGGCAAAACGUUGAGAUAUGGCAUCAAUUUAGAAGACACUGCCAUGGAUUGAUGAAUACCCGACAGGUGUGCAAAUCGAUGUGAGGAAGAUUUUGUUUUAAUUGGAUGUACAUGUAUAUGGUUAUUUCAGUUCUUAUGAGACAGUGGUGCAAGUGUAGUUCAUACUUCAUCAUCAUUGGAAACUUGUCAUUUAGUAUGCUAUCAAUACCAUUCGACAAAAAGCUAGAAAUUAGUAACACAACCUUCAGAGAUCCUUUGCUUAGUUUACAUAAUUCUUAGUCUAGCUGUCUCUGGGCUUUUUUUAAAUCCAUUCUCCCCUGCAAGUAUAUUCAUUGUCACUACAAAAACCAGCCAGUGUUUAUUCUGUAGUGAAGGGGCCCUAAAUGUUAUAAUUGUGUGAUUAAUAGUACUUGAAAACAGGAUCUAAAUGUAUAAAGAUGGUGCUUUUUGUUGUAAUGACAGCUUUCUGUAUAGCAGUAAUAACAUUACAUAUAUGACCUAUGUGUAUACUGCCAGUUUGUCAUCCUUGUGAAAUUCUUGGAUUAUACCUCAAAUAUCAUUUCCUUCAAUAGUUGGACAAUCAUGUAGACAUUAGGUAAUUGUUCUGGACAAUUAUGCAGAUUGUGACAGAGUGUGUUUUUUUUCUUCAGUUGAAUGUGUUCCCCCAGAUUUUUUUGUGUAAAAAUCACCAAUUAUAUUCGCUACAAAAAAAAGAAAAGAGCUGAUUAAAUGAGUAAAAUAAGAA